AAGGCCUACUGCGCUCGAUUCGCUACUUUUGUUUUUUGCUUUGAAUGAUUGCAGCUUAAUUCAGUCCUAUAACCAGAAGCGGUUUAUUCAAUAUUUUAUUGAGAUGCUAUUUAGAUGAAAAAUGCAACGUUAAAUCAGACUCCCAGGACUAAACGGGAUUUUGAUGUUCUGCGUAGUGUGGAAUCUGCCGAUCUGAACUCCGCGCUGAGCCGCAUGUGUGCUACUUCCGUGUUAGUGAGUCGGUGUGAGAGGACGAGAAGUUUGAGCCCCGCGUCAGUGUGUGAGGAUUUAUCUGACAUUUUCGACGGGAUCUUCUCUUCAGAAACUGCAGGCGAAGAAACGAGCCGUGUUUACCUCGUCACCGGGAGGUCCGCGCGAUCCGAGCCAUGGAGGCGGAUUUAAAGGCGGUUGUUAGGCGGAUCUGAUAGAUUAGCACAGCUGCUAACACAAGCUCUUCAUCAGAUCACAACUCGAGGCUUUUAUUGACGACUCUUGAGGCUUUUUAGGGAUUAAUGUAACGUUAAUCGGUGUGCGUUAGGAUGGUUGUGUGCGGUGGAUUCGGUGUGAUCCGGACGAGAUCGGUCGCUGUGUGAACACACAGACGGUUAACUUAGCUGUGCUAGAUUAGCGCUCGAAGAGGCUUCAGAUGUGUUGUUUUGUGUAGCACCGGGAUUGAGACGCGAGCGAUAAGAGCGGGAUCUUCAAUGCCGAACCCGGAGGUCGUGUCCCGCGACGGCCGGGGGAGAAGCCCGCCGCAGAGGACUCCGAGGGGGGCGAGACGGAGCAAGAGCCGCCGAGAGAGACACCGGGGGAAGCGGCGGGCCUCGUCCUCCUCCUCCCGGAGACAGAAGCACCAGCACCGGGAGAAGCAGCAGCACGAGGCGCUUUACGACGGAGCUGUCCGGACUUUAGUGGAGUACGACGACGUGAGCUCGCAGUCCGAGCGCUUCUCCGGGAGCCCGUCGCCCAGAACCGGCACACCGCCCGCGAGCGAAGCCGAGCUCCGGGACAGAAGCGAGCACGACUCCUCUCGGAGGAGAGACGAGAAGCAGAUGAAGAGGAACCGGUCCAACCGGGAACGGGACGCGGCGUUAAAGAGGAAUCACGACAGCAACUGCAGGAAGCCUUCCUCCGCGGCCCAAGCCGACAAAAAAGACUCGAAACGACUUAAAAGCAAGUCCAAAUCCGAGAAGGACCCUCCUUCCGCGUACAGGGAUCCGCCACAAGCUUACCGUGACGAGUACCGGCGGAGCAGCCCGAGCUUCAGAGCGGCGGGUGACGUCAGUCCCUUCGCGACGUCGUACCCCUACGGACACCAGUCUCCGAACACGAACUACCCGUUUAUUUCCAGGAGGAGCCCGUCUAAGAGACCGUCUCCGAGCUCGAGCUGCUACGCGCGGGAUUCAGAGCUGUACGGUAACUACACCGUGUCGAAGAGGAAGCGCUCCCCGAGCAGCCCGCGCUGGCGCCGGUCCCCGAGCCACGAGCAGAGCGAGGUCCCGCGCUCCAGGAGCCCUUACCGACAGAGCCCGAGCCCCAGCCCGGAGCCCAGGCGGACGGGAAAGUCUGGCAGCAGGAGCCCGUACCAGUCGUCACGUCACUCUCGCUCACGCAGCCGUCACAGACUCUCACGGUCCCAGAGUCGGCCGUCCAGUCUGUCCCCCAGCUCCCUGACCCUGAAGAGCAGCCUGGCCGCCGAGCUCAGCAAGCAGAAGAGAGCCAAGGCCGCCGAAGCCGCCCGCAUCAACGCCUCCACCCCUCAGCCCAGCCCCGUCACCAACCACACCACCAAGAAGACCAGACCCCCGUCACCGCCUCCGCCCGGGGCCGAGAAGGGCCCCAGAACCCCGCAGUCUCCUGUGGAGCGACCCGCCAAGAGGAGCUCAGACGCCUCUCAAUCCGGCAGAGAAGCCAAGCUGAAGGAGCGAGAGAAAGCGUCUCUUCCUCUGACACACAACCAUCUGGAUCACCUGGACGGAGACGACAGCAGUGUCUUGAAUGAGUCUUCAGCGAUCACAGGGAAGAAGAAACCCGAGAGGAAAGCCCGUCAGCUCCUGGCAGACCUCCCUCUUCCCCCUGAGCUCCCUGGAUCGCCCCACAGCCCGCCCGAUGACAAGAAGACGCCCGUCCCACGCAAGAGACCCAAAAUAUGUGGCCCACGCUUCGGAGAGAUCAAGGAGACGGAGAUCGAUUGGGGAAAGCGGUGCGUGGACAAGUUUGAGAUCAUUGGGAUCACUGGAGAAGGCACUUAUGGACAGGUGUACAAAGCCAAGGACAAAGACACCGCCGAGUUGGUGGCUCUCAAGAAGGUGCGUUUGGACAACGAGAAGGAGGGCUUUCCCAUCACAGCCAUCAGAGAGAUCAAGAUCCUGCGGCAGCUCAACCACAAGAGCAUCAUCAACAUGAAGGAGAUCGUCACUGACAAGGAGGACGCCCUAGACUUCAAGAACGACAAAGGGGCGUUUUAUCUGGUGUUUGAGUACAUGGACCACGAUCUGAUGGGUCUGCUGGAGUCCGGUCUGGUGCACUUCAACGAGAGCCACAUCAAGUCUUUCAUGAGGCAGCUGCUGGAGGGACUGGACUACUGCCACAAGAAGAACUUCCUGCACAGAGACAUCAAGUGCUCCAACAUCCUGCUCAACAACAAGGGUCAGAUCAAGCUGGCAGAUUUCGGACUGGCUCGUCUGUAUAACUCUGAAGAGAGCCGGCCGUACACUAAUAAAGUGAUCACUCUGUGGUAUCGUCCGCCCGAGCUGCUGCUGGGAGAAGAGCGGUACACGCCAGCCAUCGACAUGUGGAGCUGCGGGUGCAUCCUGGGAGAGCUUUUCACAAAGAAGCCCAUCUUUCAGGCCAACCAGGAGCUGGCUCAGCUGGAGCUCAUCAGCCGUAUCUGUGGCAGCCCGUGUCCCGCUGUGUGGCCCGACGUGAUCAAGCUGCCCUACUUCAACACCAUCAAACCAAAGAAACAGUACCGGCGGAGGUUAAGGGAGGAGUUCGCUUUUAUUCCUCUGAUGGCCCUGGAUCUGUUCGACCACAUGCUUGCGCUGGACCCGAGCAAACGCUGCACUGCAGAACAAGCGCUCAGAAGUGACUUCCUCAAAGACGUCGACCCCACCAAGAUGCCCCCCCCAGAUCUUCCUCUGUGGCAGGACUGUCAUGAGCUGUGGAGUAAGAAGCGGCGGCGGCAGAAGCAGAUGCCGGAGGAGCUGAGCGCUCCUAAAGCCCCUCGGAAGGAGCUGGGUCUGGACGACAGCCGCAGUAACACACCGCAGGUUCUCUCCUCCGCCGGAGCACACAAGGGUCCGAGUGCUGCUGCCGCUGUGGCCCUGCUGGACCCCAAAGCCCCCGCCUCACAGCUGACCCCCGAGCAGCUGGCUGUGCUUCUGAACCUCCUGCAGUCCAAGAGCGCUCCGGGGGGAUCCAAGCUGAGUCUGGAGACGCUUCAGCAGCUGACACAGGCCUUGCCCCCCGCACCGCUGGAGUCUGAGAGACCCCCGGAGCCGCCUCCGCUCCCCAAACCCCCUCAGCCACCCCGAACACCACCCAUGCCCAAGCCUCCUUCACCUCCAUCCCCGCAGCCGCUGGGAGACACACAGAGCGCCGUCACCAUGCUCCUGGCUCAGCUCCUCACGGUCCAGCAGGAGGAGCCUCCGCCGGAGCCCAGCCCUGUAUCUCCAGCGUCUGAAGUCGGCGGCUCGUCCUCCAGACCUCUAGAUCCUCUCUCUAUUCUCCCGCCGGACCAGAGACCCCCAGAACCUCCAGAACCGCCCCCCUGCGCAGACCUGGACUACCGACAGGCUCCCGAGCCCAGUCCGGCUCUGACGUCCUCCACGGCUCCGGAGCCGGACUUCAGCUGCCCCCCGCCGCCGUUCGGCUUCGCUGACAGCUACCUCGGUCACAUGAUGCCCCCUCAGCCCCCUCUCGGCCCCGGAGCCGGAUCGCUCUUCAGCGGAGACCAGGACCAUCGCUUCGAGUACAAUCACAGCGCAGCGCCUCCUGUUCCCCCUCCAGGACAGGCCUGGACCUCUCCCUCACAGUCCCUCACGCUCGGGUACGGUCCUCACGUCAACACAGUCGCACUUCGGGGCAGAGGACUGCCUUUCUGACGAGAUCCCGGAGGUUUCCCAGAUGCCUCGGCUGGUGAUACACGAGGCAAUGUUUUGAGCAAUGCUGUCGGGCAACUUUGGUUUAAAGGGUUUGUUCACCCACAAAUUAAAAUCCUGUCAUUGAUCACUCGCCCUCGUGUCGUUCCAGACCUGUAAGACCUUCGUUCAUCUUCAGGACACUGAUUAAGAUAUUUCUGAUGAAAUCCGAGAGCUCUCUGACCCUGUAAAAUCAAUCAAUAAAGUGAUCAAUGACAGAAAUGAUAUUUUUGGUUGAACAAACGGCCCACGACCGAACUACAGUGUCCUGAUAGAAAUGUGCUACUGCUUCUUCUCAGUGAGAAAGUGCUCAAGAAGUUGUGCGGUGUAUCAUCAUCAGUCUUCGACCAGCACUAAGACUCUCAGACCUGGGUCUGUGAUGAUCCCGAAGCGCUCGAGGAACAGCUGGUAACAUCCUCUCACAGCUGUUCCCCUCCCAUGGUGUUUUUGUAAUCUAUUCUACUGCUGUCUUUUAAAUUAAACCGUACCUUUGAGUGUGCAGGGUAAGUGUUUUUAUCUGCGUGAGGACGGUCUAGUGUUAUAAUGAUGUUCUGCACUACUGAAUGAAGUAUGUGGAAACAAGCGGAGGUGUGCUGUAUCUGCACACGUACUCCACCAGUAAUGGAAGUCCUUUUCUUUUUUCUAUCCUCUGGUUUUUGUUUCUGUUUUCUGCUCUGAUGGUUCAGUAAUGAAGGGCUCUGUCACGAGUGUGAGUUCACCAGCACUUCUGAACUGAACAAGUGAACGGAUCAAAGCGCUGUUUCCCACGCAGACAUUGUAAAACUGAAAACUAAGAGACGUUUAACUGACUUCAAGGAGAUUUUUUUUUUUUUGUAUGAAGAUUUUUUUUUCUCCCCCUUUGGCAAAUGUUUAUUAAAGAAAUGCCAAUCAUGUAAUA